CCCCGUGCAAAGUGACAAUAUCCCGCGCUCGUGGCCAACAUCUCCGAACCUCCAGUCAUCGACUACAAACGGCGUUUGCUCCCACUCUUUUGAGCAUUGCACUUUCGAUCGGGAUUGCAUACAACGGGCAGGAUAUGGUCGCGGCUUCUGGAUUGAGAGUUCUGGAGUCAUCGGGGAGAAUGCGACUGCCUCAGCAAUCAUGUGUCGAUAUCAUUGCUACUUCUUCGGAGGCUGCGGCCACCAGGAGACGCUCCUGGUCUCUUUCUGCUCGAAGGCGCCUCUGGUUGCCAACCUCGUCGCCUGCGCGCCGUCCAUCCCGCUUGCUUCCAACGCCGCGCGCACGCGAUGUCGCAGCAAGACCGACAGCCCUCUCUACAGAUGCAGCUGGUGGCAGGAAAGAGCACCGGGCGGUGCCAACGACAACCAACCCCGUCAACACGCUUCCGCUGUCCCCUUCACCCCCUCUCCACCACUAUACGCAUCGCCGCUCGACAGCGAGGGCUCAGCAUCCAUCAUUGUCCAGCCUGACAUCGAUACCCCAUCCUUGCUAACGGAACAUCACUCCCAUUCUUCCCCAUUCUCGCCUUCGCCGCCACCCGACAUGGCUGGCUUACCCCUUUUCGGACUGAAGCAUUGGAUGUCUGGAGGGUCUGUGCCAUCCCCCAGGCAGAUCGAUGCACAAGAUGACACUGUCAUGUCCCUCAAUGUGAGAGUGAGUUCUUAUGCAGCGGAAAUCUCGGAAACAGAAUGUCGCUGACCCGGGUGUAUGGUAGCUCCAACAACGAGGAGAAGAGAACCACAUCUAUCGUCGACCAAAGAUACCCGGUAUCAGAGAGCGCACAGACGAGAGCUGCGACCUGCCACUCAGCAACGACAUCAUCCAGCAUCUCGCAGAAACUUGCAACAGCCAUCAUGUCGGCAUCAAUGGCCAGAGAGUGACCUCCCCCGCCUUUACGGAUA